AUGAUACCAUCCUUAUGUUUAGCUGGGCCAACUGGGAGUACAUUUUUGGAACUGAAGAGGGUACCCCUGGAACAACGACUGGAACCACUCAAGGAACAACAACAGGCACUACAACGGGUACAACAACUGGAACCACUCCAGGAACAACAACAGGCAUUACAACAGGAACAACAACUGGAACCCCUCCAGAAACAACAACAGGCACUACAACAGGAACAACAACUGGAACCACUUCAGGAACAACAACUGGCACUACAACAGGAUCAACAACUGGAACCACUCCAGGAACAACAACUGGUACUACAACAGGAACAACAACUGGAACCUCUCCAGAAACAACAACAGGCACUACAACAGGAACAACAACUGGAACCACUCCAGGAACAACAACUGGCACUACAACAGGAUCAACAACUGGAACCGCUCCAGGAACAACAACAGGCACUACAUCAGGAACAACAACUGGAACCCCUCCAGGAACAACAACUGGCACUACAACAGGAUCAACAACUGGAACCACUCCAGGAACAACAACAGGCACUACAACAGGAACAACAAUUGGAACCACUCCAGGAACAACAACUGGCACUACAACAGGAACAACAACUGGAACCACUCCAGAAACCACAACUGGUACUACAACAGGAACAACAGCUGUAA